AGAGCGAUGGCUGGAGUGGUGGGCCUUCUGCUGGUGGUGAGCGCGGCGGCCGGCGGCGCCGAGGCUGGCGCCCGGGUGGUGGGCGGGCAGGCGGCGGCCGUGGAGCGCUUCCCGUGGCAGGUGUCGCUGCAGCAGCGCGGCCGCCACCACUGCGGCGGCGCCCUGGUCAGGCCGCAGUGGGUGCUGACCGCGGCGCACUGCGUCGCCUCCUACUUGGGGCUCGGGCUCAGCGUCCGCGCCGGCACCUCCACCAGGGGCAGCGGCGGCGUCGUGCGCGCCGCCCCCACUGCCCACCCCCACCCCGGAUUCUCCUGGACCUCUUUCGACUGUGACGUCGGCGUCGUGGAGGUCGCGGACCCCUUUGUCUUUGGUGCAACAAUUCAGGCAGCGGGACUGCCAUUAAAGGAGCCGGCCGUCGGGUCGCUGGUGACGGUGACCGGCUGGGGCAGGCUGUCAGAGCACGGGCCGCCGGCCACCCAGCUGCAGGCGCUCACCGAGCCCGUGCUGGACCCGCAGCGCUGCGGCGAGGCGUACGCCUUCCUGGGCGGCAUCACGCAGCGCAUGCUGUGCGCCGGCUUCCCCGAGGGCGGCCGGGACGCCUGCCACGGCGACAGCGGCGGCCCGCUGGUGCAGCGCCGCCUCCUCGUCGGCAUCGUGUCGUGGGGCCUCGGCUGCGCGCGGCCCGGCCUGCCUGGCGUCUUCUCCAACGUCGCCGCCCUGCGGCCCUGGAUCACUGAGCACAUAGGCGUCGCUUGACCGUUCUCGACCCUCUGUUCUGUCUGUACCACACGCUGAACCUGUAAAAUCCUGUGCACAUUUUUCCGUACAUAUUUGGAUGAAAGCCCUCAACUAGCUGCUACUUUUUGAUUAAUUACUCUACGACUAAUUUCGACGUGAAAGUCGUCAUCUGGCUAAUAUUUAAUCUUCUGUUUCUGCUUGCCGUAUGGUGUACAGCAUAAGCAUAACACGGAAAGGUGAUCACUUACAAAUCAAAAUUGGUGGCAGAACAAAAAAUUUAAAAGAAUUGUGGUUUGUGAUGGUUUUACAGCCAAUUUCCUAUAUUAAAAAUGUCUUCACGGAAUGUGGAUAAAUGUAUACUCUUUACAGCCCUCACACAUACACUCAAAAAAUUUAGAACCGAAUUUUUAAAUUCUUUUAAGACUUGCACAAGUCGAAUAAUAUACUUUAAACAGAACUAAUGGUAUCUGUUCCCAUAGAGUGGACAACAAUUUGAUGAAAUCUCUCCAUGUAUACUGUGCAGUGCUGUUCUGCCCUAACGAUUAAAACCCUUGUUGAAAAAUUUGUAGAAAUGAGUCUUAGAUCAUAGAUGUAAGCGUUUAUUUAUUUUUGAAUAAAACGAAAGAUCUAACUACA